GCUUGGGAAGGGAGAGCUUAUGAUUACUGUAUGGAGAAUUUGAAGAAAGUGGGUUUCCCUGUUGAUGGUCUUGCAUUUGACCCUGACUUGGUUAUUAGAGGCCUUGUCAUAGACAAAGAGAAAGGCAACUUAGUGAAGCCUGAUCGAUUUGGUUAUGUAAAGAGGGCUAUGCAUGGCACAAAGAUGCUAUCUAAUCGAGCUGUAAGUGAGAUGUACGGGAGGGAACUGGUGGACCUCCGGAAGGAAAGUCGAUGGGAAUUCCUUAAUACACUGUUCUCCGUCUCAGAAGCUGUCGCUUAUAUGCAGAUGGUUGACAGAUUGGAUGAUGGAACCAUAGCAGCACAACUUGGUCCACUUGAUUAUAAAGGGCUCUAUAAGGCUGUUGGAAGAGCCCUCUUCAGGGCACAUGUAGAGGGUCAACUAAAGAGUGAGAUAAUGUCUAAGCCUGAACUAUUUGUGACACCUGAUCCAGAAUUACCCCUAGCACUUUUGGAUCAAAAGGAGGCUGGUAAAAAGCUUCUGCUCAUUACCAACUCAGAUUAUCAUUACACAGACAAAAUGAUGCAGCAUUCCUUCAACAGAUUUCUUCCCAAUGAUAUGGGUUGGCGGGAUUUAUUUGACAUUGUAAUAGUCUCCGCAAGGAAGCCAGAGUUCUUCCAAAUGUCACACCCUAUGUAUGAGGUGGUGACAGGAGAGGGGCUCAUGCGUCCAUGCUUCAAGGCUAAAACAGGGGGAUUGUAUUCUGGGGGAAGUGCUCAGAUGGUUGAGAAUUCCCUAAAUAUUCAUGGAGACGAAAUACUGUAUGUUGGUGAUCAUAUCUACACU